UGUUUCAAACUGUUCGUCAGUUUAUAACUUUCUUUCUUAAAAUAUCUUUAUAUUCUAUUAUAGUCAUGUUCCAAAAGUUAAUUAAGAUUUUGACAAGAGCACAGUUUAAGAAUAAACACCAACUCUAUGCGUUUGUAGUGCUUGCGAUAUUUUCUAUAGCUUCCCUCUUAAUGAUAUUGAACUACGGUGAUAUGCCAAAGAAUUUACCUGAUAGACACACUUCGAACCAUAAGAUGCAAAUAAAGCUGCAAAAAAGUAUAUUAGAGGAAAAGGAGGUAGGUUGUAAGUUACCGGUGCUGGACCCCUUCGCGCCGGAGAUGUUGAGGUUCAACAAGGAUAUACCCAAGAUAAAAUGCGAGGGCGGCGACUGGGUGCAGUGUAAUAUGUCUGAAUGUUACGUAACAGAAGAUAUAUUGAAGACUAUGAGCAACGUUGUUUGUGUGUACAAAGAUAUUAUAUACAUCGAUGAUAAUAAUUACAAGAUUGGUGAACCAGUCCGGGUGUUGGGUGACCAGAAAUACUUCCUCAACGCCAGCGAUCAUGUCCGAGUAUCUUGUUCCGGCACACCGGUUAAUAGGUAA